AAGUGAGGUGGGAGCACGCGCUGUCGUUGCCAGGUAGAUUUUUGCUGAGGGAGCGGAGAAGCGAUUUAGACAGUCGUCUUACAAGCGUUAUAUAUUAAAUAAAAUACAAAUUCGCUUUUCUUUUUAAGAGAACCCCAAAGCUAAAUCUCAUUUAGGAGUUAUAUACUGUGGUAGUUUAACAGCGAACUCCGUAAUAAAUAAAUAUUAAAAGCUGCGUUUUAUUUAUUUAUUUAUUUAUUUAUUUUUUAAAAAUAGCCGAAAAAUCUAAGAAUAACGGCACUGAUUAAUUGAUAAAGCUGGAUGCAUUGUUUUGUUGGUGUUUUUCAUGAAAGAACAUUUUGUGCUGUGUAGUUUUAGACGUUUUCAUACAAGCCGUGUUUGUUGACUAGACGAACACUCCGUCGCCGUUGCGAAAUUUAAGGAGAAAAAUACUUCGAGUAAGCGGGGAUGUCGUGCGAGGUGGAGUUCUCUGCCCUGGCCUUCGUGAAGCUGCUACUCCAUGCCUCUCGAUUCCCACACUGCGCUGUGAACGGGGUGCUGCUGUCCGAGUGCUCUGAAGGGGGCGCAGGAGCACCGGAGGGAGGCUGUGUGUGUGUCAGCGACUGCGUGCCUCUCUUCCACUCCCGCCUCUCCCUGUCUGCCAUGACCGAAGUGGCGCUGCAGCAGAUUGACAUUUGGUGUGCCCGGAAACAGCAGAGGAUUGUGGGAUAUUAUCAUGCAAACGCCAGUUUGACAGAUAACAGUCCAAAUACAGUUGCUUUGAAGAUCGGGGAUAAGAUCGCAGAACAAUUUGGCAAUGCAGUUCUAGUAAUGGUGGAGAACUCCAAAGUGUCUCUUGAUUAUGGGACUCCUCCAGUCAUUCUGUACGAGAAAAAGGAUUCAAAAUGGAUCUUAAAAGACAAAAACCUGGUCAUGUGGAAGCAGUGGGAGGAUACGAAGCGAGUAGCCGACGCCCUCUCCAGCGCCAAAGCCUACAACCAAUUGGUCGAUUUCGACUGCCACCUUGAUGACAUCAGGCAAGACUGGACCAAUCAUGACAUCAAUGCAAAGAUCGCCGAACUCUGCUCCCCAGCCAAUGGGAACCUUUGAAUCCUGAAUAAAACCCACCCCAGAAAUCAGAGCCUGUUAUUCCCAUCACUCUAAUAAAAGUUUACCAUGGUA